UGUAAUUAAAAAGUUGUUAAAAAAAAAGCUAAAUGAUUUUUUCUAGAAGGGUAGAUUCUCCGUCAGUCCCAAUGAACUCGUCUCGACCGCUCCGAUUCAAGCAACCGAGUCGGUUACCGAGUUUCGGUGAAACGGGGAUAGAGAACGAGCAGGUGUUGACUCUCGUCUUCGAGUCAAUCAGCUGGGACAUCCACACGAUAUGCGCCGUCGCCUCCGUGAGCCGUAGGUUCUGCGCGAUCGCGAGACGUGUUCUGUGGCGUUCGCUCUGCGUUCACCGCGCGCCGGGGAUGGCGGCGGCAUUGUCCGGAUCAGAUCCGAGCGGGAGAAUCGACGGCGGUUGGCAGGCGUUGGCGAAGCUCAUGUUCUUCUGCGGCGGCGGCGAGUCGACUCGGUCGCCGGGUCACUUCGCGUCCGAGUCGAGAUUCUCGAAGACCUCCGGGAGGUUUUUUCUGCCGAAGAAUUGCCGGGGAGAUCUCUUGUACGUGAGCGAUCCGUGCGAGCACGAGGCGGUGGGUGGUGGCGGAGACGAGCAUUUAGGGGUUUUCAGAGGGGUAUUUAGGGAAUUUAUGAGGUCGAAGACGAGGCAGUGUCUCGUGAGGAGACAGGCGGAGUUGGAGGAGAAGGUUAGGUGUCCGUAUUGCGGAGGGCGCGUGUGGAGUAUGAAGGCGGCGCGUUUGGUUCCUAAGAGCGCGGCGAGGCGGUUGGGGUCGCGGGACGGUGGGUUAGAGUUUUACGUUUGCGUUAACGGGCAUUUGCACGGUACUUGCUGGCUGAUUCCGCUCUCGUCGGAUGAAGAUGAGAGGGAUUUUGAUGGUGAAGAAGAUGAUGAUAGUGAUGAUUUUUUACGGCGGUGAGAUCUACUCUAGCGGUUGUCGGCUUUGGAGUCAGACACUAGAAGAGAGGAGGUUUCAGUUAGAUUGUCUUAGGACUCGAGUUGAAAAAUCUCUACACUAUUGAUUUGUGAUGGCUUUGAGAACAAUAAAGUUUUUGAUAUAUUGUUGUCAUUUUACCACCUCUAAUUAUUAUGUGUUAUUUGGGCCCGGGGAUGGAAGCAUAGAGCUACAACAGUAAGAUUUGGUUAUAUAUGUUUUCAUCCACUAAUCUUUGAAAUAAAAUCAUUCAAAAGUUA